CGGCAUGGUAGAAUCAUGCUUCAAGCUUUAUCCGUCGAAUGUCCUGUUGAUCUUGAGUGAAAACCGGCAUGUGUCUGUAGAUUGGAAAAUUCAUAGUUUGCAAGCAUGCCAAAGUGCUCUAGGAAAAAAGGCAAACCUGAGAAGAAGGAGCCGCAGGAAGUUCAAGAGGAAACUCAUUCGCUGCCUUUGGAUGAUGCGAUAAUAUCUUCAACUCUAUUGACAUUCCUCAAAGAUGCCACUGCAAAAUUGCAGCAGCCAGAUGCUGACCCACUGCCUGUCCUGAGAGGCAUUAUUCAAAAUUGUCCUCAACCUCUAAGUGGCGAUGAAGCCAGGAAUUUUGAAGAAGCGGCAAUUGAUGCUGUAUUUGAUCUCAGCAGAGUUCUCUUGGAUUUUAUCACCCUCAAAAGAGGUCCAGUGACCCAGGUUGCCUCUUUGGCUCUUUUCAACGUUAUACCUGCAGUUGUUGGAGUGAAAAAAAGUGUUCAGUUUUUAGUUUCAUCUACCAGCGCUCUCAGCAAUAUGUACACAAAGCAUUGGUCCAAUGGCAUGAUACACUGGGGCAAGGCACCCAACUACGAGAACAUGGAUGAAAACACUGAUUGCUACGCUCGUCUGCAAAGAAUGCACUACCUGAUGCGAAUCCUCAACUGCCGCAAAGACAUGUUGGAGCAGCAGACCAACGCACUUAGAGACCAACUUAAAAAGCAUCAGAUGUACCUGGCCGGUCCAAGUAGAGCUCGAAGCAAGCGAAGGUACCACAAACGAGAGAUGGUCAGUGCCGAAGAUUUUCAUGAGUUUAAGUCAUCUCUGAAAAAAGAGCCUGAGGACUUUGCGGAGUGCUUUUCAAAAAUGCGUCUAGACAAGGGUGCGAAAAGCUGCAGACACGAGCUAGAGUGCCAUUGCAAGGGCCCUGACGAUGGAUUCAAGGUCCAGUUCAAAAGGGUUAAUUCACCAGACAUCAUGCUAGAAAUUUUUGAGAGUAUUUUUGAAGACCCUUAUGCUGUAAUCAGGAAAGAGUUCAACUGGAACGAAGAGAACUUGGUUGAGCAGAGAUACUGGCAUAGUAUUUUCUUGCAACUGCACUUAAUCCACGGUGCAAUGGAAUCUCCAUCAUCAAGAGAAAUAUAUGCUGAUUCAUAUGAAGAGUGGUCGGCGUUUGCAUGCUUCUUUAAUGUGAUCGAACGGUCACUAUUGUGCCCUGCCACAAGGUACCAUCCUUUGGCAGUAAAGAAUUGGCACGGGUGGCUUGAAACUUGCAUUUUCUUUGUCAGUGUACCAAUGAAAACACACAACAUCCGCCUGGCAGACGACGUUCUGAAUGGUAUCCGAAGAUCAAUGUGGAUUUUGAAUAGCAGUUUUUGGGACUCUGGCAUUUUUUCCAAACUAUUGGACCUGCAUAACUUGUCAAAGAUAGCUUUUGCUAACAUAAAAAAUCGCAUAAAAGACCCGGAAAUGCUGGAUUUUGAUUUUACUGAGGCUGUCUUGAGAGAAUUACCUUGGAAAAACAAAAGAAAACUGCAAAUACUGGCAAAGUUGAUCCCUCACUGGCAGGAUUUGGAUAUCAAGAGAAUUGUGAAAAAGAAGGGUGGCAUGCCGAGUUUUGCUGCUAGUCUGGCGGAAUCUUUGGAGUUUAAUGAGUUGAGAUCCUCUUGCUCCGACGUCUUCAGAGCUUGCUUGGAGAGAUUGAGCAAAGAGCAGUUUGUAAGAGAAUUUGUUCCAGUGAUUGAGGCUAGCUUGGCCAACAGGAACCAUCACAUGGGUUUGGUUAACUACUGGCUGCCUGCUUUGUCGAAGAAGUAUCCAGAUGUGGCUAAAAAUCUGCAAGUGUUAGAUUUGCAUGCGCACAUGGUUCUUCUGAAUACGUUGCGGAAAGAAGGAGUGCUCACUUUGAAAGACCUAUUGACUAUUACUGAUGAGAAAGGAGGCCGAGUCAUUGACGCUGGUUUGCAAGCUGAUGAGUUGCUGACCAGAAACCGAGCUCUAAUCUCUCUCUGCGUGGGUUACAACUUUGUAGCCCAACUGAUGGAAAAGCAGCAAACUUUAGAGACAGUGUUAUAUCUAGUAAAGGAAUUCUUGAAGGACAAUAUCACUAUUGCAUCCCGGCCUUCUCGAAAUAUUUAUAUGGGCACCUUUCUAGUGUUCUUUGGCUGCUUACGGGACUUUUUGCUGCAGGUCCUGAAGAAUUCACCAAAAAAAGAUUUUCUUCUGAGUGCAAACCAAAGCACUGCUCCUAUCAUGAGUUUCUUUAAGUGGCUCAGAGAUUUUAUCCUUGCUGGUAUCGAACUAGGAUUCAGCUACCAAAGAACAUACACAUCUCUGUAUCUCUAUGAAAAUGUGCUCUGUGCUUUUGUGCCUCCGGAGAACAGCCUAAAGGCAAAGACAGAAAAACUAAUUAAAGUCAUGCAGUCGGAGGGAUGCUUUUUAUUUCUUGACUCUGAAAUGUUUGAAGCCACUCUAAAAUGCAGCCUCUCUCCUGAUGAUGAUGUCCAAGUGAUGUCUAGUUACAUCCUUGCUUCACAGCGAGAUUUUGACAUGUCUGCUGUUUCUCUUCCUGGUGUCUCCAAGGAAGCCCUUCUUUUGUGCAGUUCCAACAAGUUUUAUGUCGUGUCUGGAGGGGCUCAAUUAUUUGCUACAGUUGCAAAAAUCACUAAAACUCCAAUAGAGGAAGCAUUGAAUUUGCUUCUCCAACAAGCCCUCUCUGAAUUUUCCAUCCUCAAAGGUGAUCUUUUAAAAGGGGCUCUUGAAAAUGGACCAAUAUAUGGCUGCUUAGAUGCAGUUUCUCACAUAUUUAACCUAGAAAAGAAGCCAGAUGUGUCCCAAGAGUGCCUAGUUAACAUUCUUAGUCUAAUCGAAGAAGUGACGGAUCACUUUUUGAAAGUGAUGAAUGCCAAAUCUUCAACACAAGAGUUUGCAUCAUCCUUUGAAGACAUGGAUUGGUCUAUAGAGGCAGAAAUCGAUGAGAACUACUCUUUGGAUAGCAAGUCCCUCCAUUUGACACCUCAGUUCCAGUAUGCUUUAAACUGUGCUUGGCUCAACCUCAAAACGUGCACUGAGCUUGUUUCCCAGCUUGGAUAUUUGUUCUGCGUACAAAAUGCAUCGGACGAAAUUUUGUGGCGCUGCAGCAUGGUGAUUAUGAAUGUAUUGCAAAAGUGCAGGCACAAAGGUGCAUUUGAAGCAUCAGGGCUUGUUCUGGGAAACUUUGUCAAGAAUACUUCCAUCUUAGGAAAGGACAUUCCCAAGAAAAUGCUAGAUAAAUUAAUGUCCACCUUAUGCAUGACUGGCUCUGAUGCUCCUCCUCUGAGUCGUAGAUCUGCUGGACUGGCAGUCGCGAUUCAAAAAAUUGUAGCGUCAGAUACUGACCAAGAGAAAGAACUUCUUCAUGAUACUAUUGAGAAACUCCUUGCUCCAACUGAUGACUCAAAGGGUGGAAAUGAAACAGAGGAUGGAAGUAAAGUGACUGCGUUAGUGGACAGUGUGAAGACAAGAAAGAUGCAUGUUUUGUAUACACUGGUCUCGGAUGCAAGUAUUGGUCAGCACAUAAACUGCCACUUGGAGAAUAUUGCGCAGAUGGCAAUAUACUUUUUAAAUGCUGAUGACUGGGGAGUAAAGAAUGCCGCUAUGCAACUUUUUGGCGCAUUUGUCAAGAAAAUUGUGUCUCAGAGAAAAUCGAAGCCUUUGAAGGAGGAUGAGUUCAAUCCUGAGUGCAUCAUGGUUUUGGCUUCCGAGCAGGAAGAGGCGGAUUGGGACAUGAUGGGUAAUGGACUCUUGGAAGAUGUUUUUGUCCGGUCCUCUUACCUACUUACCCAAGUCCUGGCCAUCAUAAAAUAUCCCCCGACACUACCGGAAGAAGGCCAAACUUUGUGCACCCAGAUGGUGCCCUGCUGCAAUGUGCCAGAUGAGGGUGUCAUUUGUGCCAUCCUUGGCUUUUUGCAGCACUUAACACCUGGGCCACCCUCCAUGUGGACUGCAGACCAAGGUCAGUUGGUCAACGACAUCUGCUACUACUGCUGGCAGCUUUUGGAGCACCCAAAUUGGCUGGUACGAAAACAAGCUGCAGAGUGUGCUACCGCAAUGGUCAACAAGAGCCAUGUUGCCUCCACCCUGAAAACAAUUCUCGAUGAACUGGACCGAGCGUCACCCAACAAGCUGCAUGGAUUCCUCUUGAUGGUGACAAAAAUUAAAAAGAAAAUUGCAUUCUUCCGAGAGGACACCAAAAAGCUAGAGGCCACUAUCAAAGAGAUUGACGCAAAAAUCACCUCCAGACUGUUGGUUGACUUGGCAGAUGGAAAACAGCAAACUCACUGCAUUGCCUACUCUUACGCCACUAUUGAAGGUCUGCAGAAGGAUGACCUGCUGCAAAUGCUGAUCUAUUUAGCUGAAAUGCAUGAUAUGAUGGCCAUAGAGAAACACUGUCACAUGCUGUUUGCUUUGGAAAUGGUCGAGCAGGUUGUUAGUCAGCACCAAGAAUGGCUUCCAGAAAUCCUUGCUCUAUGUUCGUCCUACUCGACUCUUGUUUGCGUCCAAGAACACUUAUUGCACUUAUUGACUAAAUCCAACUUUGAGUCUGAGGCCAUUGCAGAACAGCUUGAAGUUGUCCUUGAAUACAAUCUUGACAUCAACAGCUGCAAGCAUAACUUGGUCAGCAUCUUGAGGCCACUCUUGAUGUGGAAAAGAAGAAUCUGGAGUAAAUAUUUGAUGGAUUCAAAGGUGGAAAAAAUUUGGUUCGGAACUUUUGAAAAAUUGACUUAUUUUUCCAACCAUGGUUGCCAUAUUAAAAUUCAUAGGCUUCUUUCUGAAGGAGCAAUAGUUGGAGAUGAGUUUGAAUCUUUGGCCCUGACUUUCCUAGCCUACUCGACCAUGGAAUUAUUGGUUAGCGGACAGAGGGCUGAUGCACGAAAGCUUUUAACUACCCUGGUUGAGCACUUGCUCAAAACGGCAGAAAACAGAAAUGUCCCUGAGAUUUCAAUGAUUGGCCCUGCUCUUCGUGUGAUUAGUCCAGCUACGUGGGAGUUGUUCAGCAUUGUCUCCAACUAUCCAGACAUGAUAUUGGUAGGAAAGACAGUAUUAAAACUGACUCACAUGCUUCUCUUACAACAAAACCUUGAAGCUGCUAAGAGCAUUUGGCCUAUGAGGUCAAAAGAGCAUAAUUACUGCAUUAUCGGUCCCAGCACAUGUUUGCGCAAACUUUAUGAGGUGGCACUUGAAAACUUACUUCCAGUAUCUGCACUUGAAGAGUAUUUAUGGGAAAUUUUAGCCAUAAACUCGGAUACAUUGAUCAGCAUAUUUCAAGAAGGAAUCACUAGCCCGUUCAGUCAUGUUGAUGAAGUGGAGCUCGACUUCUUCGAACACAUCACUGAAGGAUUUGUCUGCAUCUGCAAAGCAACCAAAUGCAAAAUGACUGGCAAAGGCGUGCCAUCUCCUGAUGAAAUGGAAAGCGACGAGAAAAUUGUUAGUGAAGCAUUGGAGAAGAUUGAAAGUUCAUUUAAAGGAAAACAAAAGCAACUUCACUUGAGUGUGAUUGUCGCUAAAAAGAAAUUGUGCCUCAAAGUGUUCAUCCUUGAGAAAUUUUACUCAAGACAAAUGACUGAUGUCAUCCUCGAAGGAAAAAGUUUCAAAGACUUGUCUAAACUAUUUGGAAUUUAGAUGCUUCUCAAGUCCAAAAGGAGAUAAAUAACAAUAAAAAUCACGUUCUUUCUAAAUGAAAACUUUUAUAAC